AUGACAGCUGUUCGAGCCCCAAACCACCCCGCUUUCCUCAACGGUCACUUCCAACCACUAUCUGAUUCUGUCGCAGAAUCCGUCCGUGCCAACCAAUAUGGUUAUGUCAAGACCGCCAGCUUCUUCCAAUGCGCAGGCAGUAAUGGCGAAAAGAACGAAGAUUUCGAGGUUGAACUUGUGACCAACACUGCACUCACGAAUACACUCAGCACUGACUCAAUCUACGCUUUGAGUGGGCAAAUGAUAGCCCUUAACAACGGGUCCACGCCCGUCCUCUCUUACAUACAAGACACAGUCCUUCGCAUCAGUGCGUCAGGACCGGACCAACCUGAUUUCACCAAUAAAUCAGUUGUCACCAGUCUUGGAAUGGUCAUAUCCCGGCGUGAAGUUGCCACCCAAGCGUUGGAUACUGGGACACAAUUAGAGGUUAUCGUUGCUCAUUGUGACUGGGAUGGAGAAGAACGGGUUCACAGGCGUUUUAACAUUAAAUAUAUUGUUCCCGGCACAAAGAAUCUUGUCAAAACACACACCUUAUAUCAAGUUGGCCGUGAAGUUAACAUAAUCGGUCGCUUAGUUGAUUUCCACAUGGAAGACCAGAUUGCCAUUGUUAUUGUCAUCAAAUUGGCCGUGCAAACCCAGUUGGCCAAGGUCCAUCGAAUAGCCCCUCCCCUCAUGGCCGAAAACUGUACGUCUUCAGCAACUUUACUGAUACCAGCGCCUACCAUUGUCAACAACUGA